AUGAGAAUGCUAGCCUUGACGUUGGCAUCGGCACUGGCUGUUUGGCCAACGGCGUGCCUCAACGAGGAUGAAAGGACGGCCGCCCAAGAAGCUUGCCAUGAGUUGGCCAAAACCCUCCCCGAAAACGUCCACUUGCCCAAUUCACCCAGCUACAACCUCUCCAACACAUAUUGGUCGGCUCGCCAAUCGGCGCUUCACCCACAAUGCUUUGUGACGCCGCGCUCAACACAAAACGUAUCCCACAUCAUGAAAACACUAACCUCUCUCAAAGCCCCCUUUUCCGUCAAGGGGGCCGGCCACACAGCGUUCCCCGGCGGAUCCAACAUCCAGGACGGGGUGACCAUGGACCUCGUCCACCUCAACCGAAUCACCGUAUCCCCUGACAGGAAAACAGUCGCCGUGGGCCCCGGGAACCGCUGGAUCAAUGUGUCCUCGGUCCUCGAUCCCCUCGGUCUGGCCGUCGUCGGAGGCAGGGCCGCCAGCGUCGGAGUCAGCGGGCUCACUCUGGGAGGCGGACAAUCCUACUUCUCGGGCUUGCACGGCUGGGCGUGCGACAAUGUGCGCAACUUCGAGCUCGUCCUUUCGUCAGGGCGCGUCGUCAAUGCGAAUGCCACCAGCAACGCGGAUCUGUACCGGGCCCUGCGAGGCGGCGGCGGGUCGAACUGGGGCGUCGUCACGAGGUUUGAUCUCGCGUCCUUUGAGCAGGGCGACUUGUGGACGCGUUCCUUGGUGUUUGACGGCACCAGCGCGAACCAGACCAUUCUGCCCAUGAUGACGAGGUUGGCUGCGGAGGACCUGGCCGCCGAUCCUGGGGCCCACGCGUACUUUGUCCAGACGUACGACCAGGCUUCGCGGCGGUGGUUGUUCCUGACGAGCUUCUUCCACGCGACUCCUCCUGCUGCCAACACCACGCCGGCUGUGUUUGAUGGCUUCAGGUCUGUCCCGGGACUUGUUUUGGACAACACCCUCGUGGGCAAUCUGUCGACCAUUAGCCGACUUAUUGAUGAGCCGGUUGGUCGAAGGGCUACUUGGUGGGAUACGACCGUCGCGGUUGGCUCGGUGCAGCUAUUCGAAGAGAUUGGCGAGAUGUACAAAGAUUGGGUGGCCCGAGUGAUGGAGGCUGCUCAGAACAGGCAGUUUACACCCUAUCUCGUGUAUCAGCCUAUUACGGACAACAUUUUGGAAAAGAUGCAGCAGAACGGAGGCAACUCUCUUGGGUUGUAUCCUCAGGAUGGUCCGCUCAUGAUGGUGCAAGUGUCUGCGCGCUGGGCCGACGCCGAGCUGGACGCCGUCAUUGAAAGUUCGGCCAGUGAGCUUCUCUGCAAGGUUGAAAGUAUUGCGAGAAAGAACAAGCUUCUCCGGGGUUAUGUCUACAUCAACUAUGCAGGGCGAUCCCAAGAGGUACUGAGAACAUAUGGUGAGAACUAUCCUUGGCUUCAUACGGUGGCCAAGAAGUGGGAUCCGGAUGGCUUGUUGCAACGCUUGUGGAGAGGAUACUUUCAACUGCGUUGA